UUCACCGUCUUUUUUGCCUUGUUGGAACAACCUCUUGCUGUAAGGCGGCGGUAGGUUGAGCCUGUGGCAGGUUGGACCAGCGGUAGGUUGGGCGGCAGUAGGUUGGGCCUGCGGCAGAUUUGGCCCGCGGUAGGUUGGGCGGAGGUAGGAUGGGCGCGGUAGGUAGGGCCUGCUCCCGGUCUUCAACCUACAUCUACAGUCUAUAUGUAUUAUAAUAUAUCAAUGUUGUCAUCAUAUACUGAGGUUUUAGGGAGUUGGAUGAAGUUAUGAAAAGAUGUUACCCAAGGCAAAAUUUUUAGUAUAAAAGCCAAAACUUACAGUAUAUUCAAUUUCUUCGUAAACUUCUGAAAUGGCUUCUGUCUCGUUCUUCGUGCGGUUUGUGGCCAUCUUGUUGUUGGUUGUCAGCAUUGUCUAUUGUGACGUGGUUGGGCAUGGCAAGCAUGAGCUGGUCGACGGGAAGAUUGUAAAGCUGCGGGGAAACACAAAGAUAGCUGAGAAACCUGAGGAUCUUGAACUUUACAAAAAUAUGCCGGGCUCCUGUGAUGUUGAGAUGGAUAAGGACGGAAAUAUGUAAGUUUUGGGUGCUUUAAACAAAUCAACUCCUUAUUUAACAGAACACUCUGGUAUCUUA